AUUUUCUCAUUUUGUCUGUUAUAUUUUAAAUUAAUUUCAAUAAUUAUUUUAGUUUAAAUGUGUACUAUAUCUAAAAAUUUAAGUAUUUGAACUUAUAUCGAAAAUUUAUCAAUGUAGUUUCUAAUAAUAAGUUUUUAUCUUUAAUUUUCACUUUUACACCUUUAAUAUUACUAUUUUAAUUUUGUUCUUAUGAAAUUUCUCUUUAAUUUUUUGUUUUUGCUUGAAUUAAACAUCGUAAAAUAUAUCCAAUUCAAUAAUUUGUAUUAAUAAUGUAUUUUUAUGACAAUAUUAUUAUGGAUUUUACAAAUGCCAUUCCAGUCAUUUAACAGAUUCCUUACACAUUAUAAAAUAAUAUCACCCGCUACUAUGUAAUUCUAGAGUAACAUACAAAUUGACACAUUGGCAUGUAAUUUUUAGCUUUUAAAUUUUUUAAAUGUCGGAAACAUCGAAUAAGUAUUCACGCAGCGAUCGGUCCCGAUUUUAUGACGGGUCAGAAAGAACAAGUUACUUUACCCUGGGAUCUAGAAGAAAUUUGAUGAGGGGCUUAUCGCGCUUGAGUACAAAUAGAACUUCUUUAAGUUCUCCAGUUAGUAUUGAAAAUGAGCAGCAAUGCCAAGAUAUCCUUUGCAAACGAGGCUUCUUUAAAAGAAUUUUCUACAAUAAUUUUAACAAUUUAUUCAAUAAAAAUUUAAUGUAUUGCAACAAUAACUGCAAGAAGUAUGGGACAAUAUUGUUGAUUCUAUUUUCAGUAAAUUUGCUCAUACUAAUUAGUGUUUUCUUAAUAAAUGAUCCUGUAACUUGUAAAAAGGAGCUAACUAGUUACCGAGUUGGUAUAGAGCAUUCAAUAAUGAUCGAUUCCGAAGACUGUAACUUAAAUAGGAACGAAAAACUAAUCAACUUUGAUGAAAUUUACGUUUACUACAAACUGUUUAACUACCCUUUCCACUUUUCAAGCGUUUAUAAACUGUUCAGUAAGGUUCAAGUCUCCGGUAAAAUCUCACGUAAUCACAGUGAUUUACAAUACUGUAAUACAUACACCAAGGUUUUGAUAAAUGGGGUUAAUAGAAUACUAAAUCCAUGCGGUUCACACUUGGUUAAUGUGUAUAAUGACCAGUUCAAGUUCUUUUCAGUAAACGAUAAGGAACCUAACAAAGCUGUCAAAGAAAACGAAAUUGAAAUGGAUGAAUCAAGUCAAGCACUAACAAAUAAUCAAGAGUACCAGUUCAUCAAAAACAUCUCAAAGGAAGAUAAAUUAAAUUUCAAUGAUUAUUAUUGGCUGGAUGACACACUGGAGUAUUCAAAUGACUAUAAAGUUGGACUAAAUAAAAAUCAUGAUUUGAUAAAUGGAUGGAACAAGGGAAAUAAGAUAUCUGAACAGCUUAAUACAGAAAAAUCAGGUUCAGGUGUGAGAAACGGUCAUUUUAUACAAUGGCUUACCCCUCCCCCCUUCCCAACCUUUACAAAAUUGUACGGAAUUUUAAAAGGACCUCUGGAACUACCCCUUAAGCUACAGUUUGACAACAACUAUGAUGUUACGCUAUAUGGUGGGAAGAAGUUUAUUAUUUUAAAGGCUUCAAGAUUUAACAUGGGACACCUCAUGACAUUUAGGAUCAUGUUCUCCAUAUUCACAGUUCUAUCCCUCAUUUUUGCACUCACGCUGUUGCUAUAUAAACCCAAAAACAUGUACAAUAUAUUUAAUCUUUUAUAA